AUGGAGAGCACAUCAUCUCCAUCCCUUAAAGUCACCGCCUUCACUUUUAUUUACAUUUUACGCACGUCUCUGCUUAAAAAAAAAAACUCGUACCAAAGCAGAGCGACAGGUAUUCACAAUAUGGCCAACUCCAACUCGAAAAGAUUGUUUGGUGUCGUAAGGAGGAAGCUUCUCCGGCGAUCUCCCAGCAGUAUCACCACCAUUCGCUCAUUUAUCCCACAAACCACUAAAGAACACAUUGCCGCCAUUAAAAUCCAAGCUUAUUUCAGAGGUCACCUGGGAAGGAGAGCAUUUAGAGCGUUGAGGAGUCUUGUGAAGCUUCAAGCGGUGGCUAGAGGAGUGCUUGUGAGGAGACAAGCUCGAAUAGCAUUACAUUGUAUGCAUGCUCUUGCUCGCUUGCAGGUUAGGGUUCGUGCUCGUCAGAUUCUCUCCCAUUAA